AUGGUAGAAAGGCUCCCAGGGGCAGCUCCUCCUAUUCGAAGAAGCAAUCAGGGGUCCUACUCCGAUACACCUUUCGUGGAAGAGAUUGCUUCGGUGGAGAUGCGACGAAAGUUCUCUUUCCCAAGCAUAAAGAUGUACGAAGCCCUUAGCGAUAAGUUCUUGGAACAGUUCGCUAGCAGCCGUGACCUAGAGAAGAACUCGGAUGAUCUCUACGAGAUCCUCCAGCAUAGGAAUGAGCCCCUUCGUUCUUACAUAGCUCGCUUCAACCAGGCGAAGGUAGCUAUUCCUGAGUGCAACGCUGAUACGGCUAUCUCAGCCUUCAAGAGGGGUCUACUUCCAGAGGGAGACCUAUACAAGGAGCUGAUCAAAUACAAGUGCAGAAUUAUGGAAGACGUGCUGUCUCGUGCUUGGGCUCAAGUAAGAUGGGAAGAAGAUGUCGCUAGUAGGGCUAAAGCCGGUCCGAAGUAUGAUCAGAAGUUGUUAAAGCCUACAAGGAAUGAACGCGACGAGCUUCCUCACUCUAAGUCCGCUAGGGAGACUAGUAACCCGAAUAGGGGCAGGUAUCAGCAUCGACCUUUGCCUAGAUCCGAAGGGAUGAUGGUGUCUACCUGGCCUGACAUCUCCCAUCUUGCAAUAUCCAAACCGGAGCUGAUCGGUGUCUUACGAAAAAUGUGUUCUCAAGUCAAGUGGCCUCCUAAGAUGAAGGCUGCGGAGGCUAAUCGAAAUCCCAAGCGAUGGUGCGAGUUCCAUAGUGAUCAUGGUCAUACUAUGGAGGACUGCAUAGCCCUAAAGAUGGAAGUCGCCGAGCUCCUCAAGAAAGACGGUCCCAGUCUCCCUAUCGAGGCAGCUCCUGCAUUGCCACCACAGCAAGACCGGGUGAUCCACGUCAUCACAGGCGGAUCAGAGGUGAGCGGAAUUAGCAGCGCCGCAGCCAAGAAAAGUACUCGCAAUGCCAGGAACGGCCAAGAGGCCGAGGGUCCCAAGCGCCUGCUCCUUGGAACAGAUGAGAUCAUUUUCACUGCAAGGGAGCAGGAGAAGGUCCUCGCCCCUCAUCAUGACGCUCUCGUCAUUUCACUUACCAUAGCAAACUGCUUGGUCAAGCGGAUACUAGUAGAUAAUGGGAGCUCCAGCAACAUAAUCUUUUAUUCGGCCUUCGCCGACCUGGGUUUGGAACCUACAGCUCUAACCAGAAAGGCAACCCCCCUCGUAGGCUUCAGUGGAGAAGUCAAACAAACCUUGGGAGAGGUCCUUCUUCCUGUGUAUGCCGAAGGGGUAAACCAAGCCACGAAGUUCCUGGUCGUCGACUGUCCCUCAUCAUACAAAGUGAUAUUGGGAAGGCCAUGGAUCCAUGACAUGGGAGCCGUACCUUCAACUUUGCACCAGCUGGUCAAGUUCCCAACCCCUUGGGCAUCAGAGCGGUUAAGGGGGAUCAAGAGAAUGCUAGGUCUUGCUAUCAGACUACCCUUAGGGGAAAGACUCAG